AUGACAAACUUACAAAAAAGGAGACUGAUUCGUGAAGGGAAGAGAAAGAUUGAUCAUCACGUAGAAACAAAGUUAAUCGUGAAAAUAUUACGUGCAUGCACAAUCGAUGACAAAAAUCUUUUGCAACAUCCUAACUACUAUAAAGUUAUUGCAUGGACAGACCCCGGAGAUCCAUACACAACACAGGUAUGGGUUUCCAAAGGCAACUAUUGGAAGUAUAAUACAGAAUUGGUGAUUCCUUUAGAUUUUCCUGCAAAAUAUCUUUACCUAGAAUUGUUUAGAAAAUACUCUUGUAGAGAUCCUGCAACAUCAGAUGGAGAUGUUGCCAUAGGUCGGGCUAAGAUUCGAUUGCCGACGGAUGACAAGUUCUCUGGUGCAGCCCGUCUCGUCGAUUUUAACAGUGAUCGAUGUAUCGUGGAUAGAGGAACUCUAGAAUUGUCUUUGGAACUAAUUCAUACGGUUGUAGUAAUAUGAAAAUUAACUUUGUCAUCACUUUUUCUUUCUUAAUUCAUUUUUAAAUUUUUUUGGGGGAUUAUUUAUUAAGAUUUAUGAUAAGUUGUGGUUGAUUUGAUAUGAGUUAUUUUUGAUUCUAUCCCAUCUAUUCGUUGUAUAUACAUAUC